CAAAUACACCCAUCCCCACUUUUCAAACGCUCACACUUCUCUCUACUCUCUCCUCUCUCCUCUCUCCCCUCUCCCCUCUCCCCUCUGUCCUUUCCUUUCCAGUUUCAACCCAGAAAUGAAAUGAACUAAAAAGGAAAGCCUUGUUCUUCUGGAACCCAUUUUAAGCUCUUUAGGGAGAUAUUUUCUUUUCACCUGUUGAAACCCAAAGGAGGCAGCAGCUGGCAGCGGCCCAACUUCAGCAAUGGUAGCAGAAACUUGGAUACUUAAAAUGGGAAACCAGGUGAGUUCUAAUCUUAAACACGCUCUUCUUCUCGAGCCUUCUUUUAAGAAAAAGAACACCCAAAACAACUCAACCCCAAAAACACAUGAAACCGUUGGAAUCUUGUCUUUCGAAGUUGCCAAUGUCAUGUCCAAAACCAUCCAUCUCCACAAAUCCCUGUCCGAACCCGAGAUCUCGAAGCUCAAAUCCGAGAUCUUAAAAUCCGAAGGCAUUUGCCACUUAAUUUCUUCAGACGACAAUUACCUCCUUACCCUUGCUUUAGCUGAAAAGCUCGAUGAAUUAAACAAGGUCGCCAGUGUUGUCUCUAGACUAGGCAAGAAAUGCAAUGAACCAGCUUUACAAGGAUUUGAACAUGUUUAUGGAGAUAUUUUGAAUGGGGAUAUUGAUGUUAGAGAAUUAGGAUUUCUAGUUAAAGAUAUGGAAGGAAUGGUUAGGAAAAUGGAGAGGUAUGUUAAUUCGACUGCAAAUUUGUAUAAUGAAAUGGAGGUUUUGAAUGAAUUAGAGCAAGCUACUAAGAAGUUUCAAGCAAACCAACAUGAGGAAAGUAAGAGAGCUUUUGAGCAAAAAUUGAUUUGGCAGAAGCAAGAUGUUAGGCAUCUUAAGGAUGUUUCACUUUGGAACCAAACGUUUGAUAAGGUUGUUGAGUUGUUGGCAAGGACCGUUUGUACUCUUUUUGCUAGGAUUCUUGUUGUUUUUGGGGAGUCUGCUUUGAGAAAGGAUAGAGAAUGUGGGCAGGGUUCAGGGAAGGUUAGUGGGGGUUUUUGUGAUCGAGAGGAAGUUGUUUCAAGGCAGCUGAAACGGGCCCUCAGUAAGAGUAGUAGUGUUAGGGGUGGUCAGCCUGCGAAUUCAGAGAGAGGUGUGGUGGAGAAAAGGGGAGUGAGUUUGAAGCAUCGGGGUUUUGAUUCUCGGAAGGGUGAAGUUGGGUUGUUUCGGGUAGAGGAUUUUGGUUUUAUGUGUGGGACUAGUCCUGGGAGGCUUUUCACAGAUUGCCUUAGUUUGAGUAGUUCAGGUUCAAGGUUCGAUGAUGAUGAUGGUGAUGGGAGUGUUGAUCAUGAUGACCGGAGUAGCCAGAUUUCAGGUUGUUGUAGUGUUGUAAAUGAUGGGGUGAAGAGAGAGCGGCCAAAUCGCUCUCAUUUUGGUCAGCCACAAUUUACUGUUCCUUUGAAUGGAGAUCAGAGACAAUCCAAGUGUGGUGUGUUGAAUAAUGCACAAUUUGGUCCUAAAAGUAGGUUAGCAGUAUUUGCUACACCCUGCACUGUGGGAGGCUCUGCUCUUGCCUUGCAUUAUGCCAAUGUAAUUAUUGUCAUUGAGAAGUUACUGCGCUACCCUCAUUUGGUUGGUGAGGAAGCUAGGGAUGAUUUGUAUCAGAUGUUACCGACAAGUUUGAGACUGUCUCUGAGGACUAAUCUCAAGUCCUAUGUCAAGAAUUUGGCGAUAUAUGAUGCUCCAUUGGCACACGAUUGGAAAGAAACUCUGGAUGGGAUACUUAGGUGGCUUGCUCCAUUGGCACAUAACAUGAUUCGAUGGCAAAGUGAGCGGAAUUUUGAGCAGCAGCAAAUUGUUACUCGGACAAAUGUUCUUCUUCUCCAGACAUUGUAUUUUGCUGAUAGGGAAAAGACUGAAGCAGCUAUCUGUGAGCUUCUUGUUGGGUUGAAUUAUAUAUGUCGUUAUGAGCAUCAGCAAAAUGCAUUAUUGGAUUGUGCAAGCAGUUUUGAUUUUGAGGACUGCAUGGAGUGGCAAUUGCAAUAUGGAGCUUCUUAUCUUAAUUGAUUACAUUGCUGAAAUUUUAUGAAUACCUGUAGAGGUUUGUAAAGCAUUUUUCUUAAUCCUCAUAGUCAUGUGAAGACACAGUUAAAGGUUCAACAAGAUGUUAAUAUCUGAAUUGCGCAUGAAAAGGCAUUCAUUAAUCAAAGUUUGAAGUUGGUUAAUGUAUUUAGUUUUGAAGGCAUGAGAAGUCUUUACUUCCGAAGUAUAUAAUUCCAAUUAAUUUACAAAAAGAAGUAUUUUCCUUCUCUAAUGAUUAUGUAUAUGUUUCUCUGUACAGUCUUUACUAUUUCCUUAGGCUACGUUUGUCUUUGCAUAUCAUAGUUUAAUGGAAUCAAUUUGAGUAGUUGAUAAUGUAUUGGCUCA